AUGCAUCACUUGGGUGCUCCGCCUAGUAGCAGUGGUCUGCCCAGCGGUGGCGCUGGGCAGUUGCAGUCUGGAGGUGCCACAUCAAGUAGUGUUGUGGGAUCUCGAGGAAGAGCAGGUGUUCACGGCGUACCUGCUGUGCCGCCUCCUCAGUUUGGAGGGCAAAGUGGAGGUGCAGCUUCAUCUGGUCAUUUUCACGCACCGGGAACGCAGAUGGUGCAUCAGGUACCGGUUGGGGCAGCCAGCAGCAGCACAGGUGGUAUGUUAAACGGAGCGUCUGUCGGCGGAUCGCACGGGAAAGGAGGAUCCAUGGUACAUCAGAAUGCGGGCCCGAGCGGGCCGAGCUACGGUGGGAAGCUAGGCUUGGCGCCCGUCAGCAAGACAGUGUCGUCGUCGGUUUAUGGUGCGUUCAAUGGGAAUUCUAGCAGCACUGGCGCAAUGGGGGGCAGCGUGAACGGCUUUGCGGGCACAGGCACUGGUGGUGGGGUUAACACCGGUAGAGGAGGUGGAAUGAUGGGCGCAAUGCCACAAGAACAAGGUGCCAUGUCUCAACAUAUGCCGCCAAACACGAAUGCAGGAAGCCAACAGCCGCCGUCGACGAUCAACUAUAGUGCGAUGAACGCUGGCGGUGCAUUGUCCAGCAAUGGGGCUGGAGGCAAUCCUUCCAUGGCGCCAUAUGCACAACAACAGCACAUGAUGAACAACAGGGGAGCGGGACCAACAUCACAGUUUGCGAUGGAUCAGUAUCGGAGUGGCGGGAGUGCAAGUUCCACGAUGCAGCAUCAACAGCCGCAGCAGAUGGGUGGCAGUGCAGGCAGUGUUCCCACAGUAGCUAACGGCAGCAUGAACGGUGCUUCGAUGUCAAAGGGCAGCGGCAAGUCUUUCGGGGGGAACGGGAAGGGAAGUGUUGGCAUGGGCGGCGACAUGUACCCUGGUAGUUUUGGUAAUACUGCAGGAGGUCCUGCUCAGCACAAUACGACUGGUAGUGGCGCUCCGGGGGGACCAGCGGGAAGAGGCAGUGGUGGUGGAUACGCGCCCUAUGUCCCACCUGGUAAUGUCCCUGGAGUUGUGUCACACUCACAGCAACCCUCACCACCGGCGCCGCCCUUCACUACAAUGGGGGCUCCGAGUCGAAGCGUAGGACCCACGCGAAGCGGAAGUCCAAUGUCCCAAUCACCACGUGCGGGUGACGGUCGCAGCAUUAAGGGUAGCGGAUUCGGUCGUGAGCGUGGCCAUGCGAACCCAGGAGGCGGUAUAUCGCAUGUGUAUAGCAGUUUCGGAGGGGCAACGCCAGCACUACAACAAGCCCCGCAUCAUGAUCAUGUUCCGGCGGAAGCGCCAAGCGCGGCUGCAACGGGAGCAACUGCGUCUUCUGCACAGGCUGUUUCUGGUAUGAAUAUGUAUAUGGACCGGCCUCAACAUGCGUUGGUUGGGGGACAGCCGCUAGUGGAUCAGCAACAGCAGCCGCACUACUACGCCCAGCAAAGUGUGCCACCUGGGACACAUGGGGCUGGGUUGCCGGGUAGCGUGACGGAGAGACAGGACUUGAGCAUUGAUCAGCAACACGGAAGCGCCGCGCUCUAUCAUCCCAGCAACAUGGUACCACAGCACGAUGGGACGACGAUGCUGUACACGGGUGGAAAUGUAUCCGAACACGAACAUCAGACAGCUCCGUGGCCAAGUGGGCCGAGCGCGCCAGCCAUGGGGAUCCAGACAGGGGACGCGGACGGUGUGUGGGGACGUAUACCGCCACCCACUCAGCCGCCUGGCAUCUACGGCGUGAGCGGGACGCCACCUAGUGCUUCGGUGGGAAUGCUACACCAGCCGGGUAGCGCGCAGUUGAUGAGCCACUCCUUUGUUCCUCAGGGAGGGGCGGCAGGCGAGCCACCCUUCGGGGCCGUCGUCUCCUCAGGAGUAGCAAGCAGAGCGCAAAGUUCGCAGGGCGGAGGAGGCAGUAACGUCGCGGGUGCAGCCCCAGUUGUAGAGUGGCCAGCAAUCGAUGGAAAUGGAAGCACAGGGAUAUAUGCGAAUCCUUUGACCAAACCGACGAAUACGGGGGUAGCAGGAAGUAGCACAAUGCCAGUUGCUGGAGCACGUCCAGCAAACCGACCAGCACCACCUCUGGCGCCACCUCCGGAGGCGCCCGCUUCCUACUACCAGAAGUUGCAGGCGGGCGGGGCAAACGGAAUGCAAAGUGUGCAAUACAAAGGCAGCGUCGUAGCUAUGAACUCAGCGCGGGGCAUGAGAAAAGAGUCCGAUUUUCAAAAUCGGAGAGGCGCGGCAGAUUUUUCUGCCGAUAUAUCGGAGAAGAAUUUGCUUGAAAUUUCCGAUGACGGUAUUUAAUGAUACUGAAGUAACAAAGCAAUUCUAACUUUUAGUUUUGUUUUAUCAAAAUCAAUCUGAUCUUCAUCAAUCGGAGGCCUGUAAGUGAAAGUGAACUCAUAUUAUCAUGAAUGAAAAUCAACAAGGUCAUCUGGGCGAGCGCGUAAUUUUCCAUCCGAUGCCGUUGAUGGACGUGACAAAUGUGACGACGUCAUAUCCUUCAUCCGGCACGCAUCCAGAGGACGACAGCACUCGCCGCGACACGGGAUCGCCGUAUAGUAGGGAAACUCCCUUCCGAGGAGCCACUCCGGAGCUGUUCGUUGGUGGGCAGCAUCACCAUAACCCAGGAGCUGCUGCAAUUAUGACCUCAUCUUCGGGAGAGCCGCAUCACCAGAGAGCCGCAUCACAGCGCAGAGACAGGUUUGCGAUUCGUGAUCCGAGCACCGGCAAACCGAUUUCGAUUCAGAGGCCGCUCUCGACGGACACUAGUGCAGAACGCGUGACCACUGCCACCGUGAACAUGAAUCGCGCAGCGAAGGAGUUUACGCCAGGGUCCGCGUACUCAAACAGUGCAGGCAAUCUGUUCUCCUCGUGGGAGAGUGACGGCACGAGGCACACAACGGAUCAGUCGAACGCACACGAUCGAGACGGGGAAGAUCGAUCAAGAGCGGGGCGGAGUUCGAGUCUUGACAACGGUCGGAGAAUUCGAGAAUUCACUCCGGGUGCUUUGUAUCACGGUCGGCCACCACAUGCUGCAGGCGAACUCAGUGCCGGCGGUGCAAUGAGCUACCCUCCAGCAAGAAGUACCAAACAAAUUCCUUUUAGUUCUUUUGAGAUUUUCUUACUCUUGUAGUUCGACCUAUUCCUCUUCUAGCAUGAUCAAGGAGAGCGAGAGACUACGUACAAAGAUAUUUUCUGCAAACACAAACUGACAGUGGAAGAUUUUCCAUACGAUAGUCUCAUGUGUGGAUUUGCCCAAGCAGUGGAGGUUCGUGAAGAUUUAUACAAGUUCUGGAAUGGGCUAGCAGUGCAGAGCUCGGUGAAAAAUUCGAAAUCGCACUACGAACUACGUUAUGACAAAGGAAAGUGAAGUGUACAACUUAUACUCAUACACAAUAAAUGUCUGUGAAGCUGGAUUUCUUGGGUUACCUCUGCUAGCUGGGUAGAACUCUAUAAAUAAAGUGUACUCAUACUCAUUAUGCCCGUAUUAAAAUGACCCAAAGCGGCCACUUGAUGCUCUUGCUCCCACGCGCGGCAAGCCUGUGGGGGCGUCUCGAUUCAUUGAGAGGCAGUCUCUUACUCACAGAAAAUAAUGCCUACUUUUUAGAGGAUGAGCACACUUUUUCCUUUCAUAUACUUCUGCGAAUCGAUGGCUUUCUUGAUGUACAUCGGCUUUUGCACCCAGACGGGCAGGAAGUCUCCUUGCUUCACGCAAAUCCAGUUGCGCAGGCACUGCGGGAAAUCAAGAGUGUUUGCGAAAAACAGUGGCAAGUUGAGGGAGUGCAAGUGUCUCUGCUGUCACAGGCUGACCAGGCGGAGGAGCAGUCGGAGAUAUCAAGCAACGUGCCGGGAUCAGCCGCGUUUCGUCUAGCGAAGCAUUUGCGAAUAGUAGAGCCCAACUCCGGAAUCGAUCUCUUUGUCCCGACAUCGGUAUUUUCUGUUCGCAAAAAAUCAUACUAUGGUCUUGAGAUUCUAGUACUUUCUCUGUUGUCACUUGAGAGUCUAGAACUGCCUUCAGUUCGUGACAUCAAAAUGCAACAAAAAGGUUAAUGUCCCGGAAAUUAGCGCAUUCGCACUUGCACCGUGUCGCGUUUUUGUGGGUCGGCCUGUUGUGUGUCGGUUCGCUGUUGGAGGACUACAGGGUGCGACAACACCAUUGAACAAAGGGCGACUAAAGUUUGCUUGCAAAUUUGCACUAGUAUGGGAGCGUCGACUAGCAGAUCCAGAUACUUGGAUCCCUAUGGACUUCCAAGAACUAAAUGUGUGUAUCCCAAGCCCUCAUGAGGUUGGCUCUCAGCUGAGAUGUAGCGUCUACUUCGAAGAUCUGCCUGACCCUCUGGCGGUCUGCACACUAGGUACUACCCUUGAUAUGAAGUUCUCCUACGUGAUGAACUCCGCGUGCCGUCGCAACUCCUCCUUUCAUUUUCAUCUGGUUGAAGUUUAUAAUAAAUCUAUGAUGCUCAUGCUUCAUCUGCAUUUGCAAAAUACCAAAAUAUAAUUUCUCAGACGCGAUCAUAGAAGAGGCGCCGUGUGCGUUCUGGAAUCGCGGUUGGAGAGAGACAGUGGCCAUUACCGACGAGAAGGGGCCACGAAGCACAGAUAGUACCGCGACAACCGCGGCGGCAACAUCCUCGUCAGUCUCGUCAUCCGGGGCCUCACAGAAAGAGCCUGCAGAAUUUGACCAAGACCAGUCCAUUGGAGCAUAUCCGACAACUAGUUUAGCGGGCGAGUCACAGGCAGAUAGUCGGGAAUACGCAAACAGUGCUGGGUCAUCGGACACUAUGCUGUCUGUAGAGAAGGGAACUUCUAGCGGCGUUGUAAAUGACGACGCUCUUAGGCAGGAUGUGAAACUGUCGGGCGAUUUCGGAGAAGCGCAGAGCGGCACGCGGUCUACGCGGGCUAGUACAGCUGCAGACGAUGGAGGUGGUUCGUCUAAAUCGAGCACGGUAGCGGAAGUGCCACCCGCGAGUCGGAAGACCGCGGAUGCGGCCGCGGCAGUCCUUUCGAGCAGUGUCGUGGGAAAGACGUCAGCCCCCGCGCGAAAAGGAGGGAAAGGCGAGGGUCUCUCGAUCAGGAUCGACCCGUUGUAUGCCUCGUUUGAUCCAACACAGCUCGAGCGACGUGCGAACGAAGUGAUCACCCCGGAGACGCUAUUCGACUUGUCCGCUGUGAAAAGCGACUCAGACAAUUCUGAAAAGUAUUUUUCUGACUCAUCUCUCCUAUUUGCAUUGUGGGUCUAGUACGAUCGAAUAGAUGACGUUGGGGUGCUGGAUAAACAUGAUACCAAAGUAUAGGUCAAUUUCUAUCAUAAUAACUUUGUCACUUGCUGAUUCAACAGGGCUCUGCCGCUUCACGAGGACAAGCGCGACGUUGCUGAAGCCGCAGACUUCGUGAAUUACGAGGAACAAGAACCGCAAAUGCUUAGUCAAGUACAACUGCUUCACUAUGAGUCAGAGCGAUGUGUUUAUUGCCGACCUAUCCAUUUCUGGACUUUCUAGCUAUGAACUCAUGAUCGAUGAAAAAGAAUGCAAAUGCAAAUGGUUAUGACUUCUCUUUUUUUCAGAAUCGCGUGUACCCGACGGUGAGUAGCGAUAAUCCGCUAUUUCUGCGGAGCGCCCAUCACGGUUUAGAAAAGCCUCAAGACCCCAGUCAAAUCCGAGUAAUGUCGUUUAACGUGCUUUGCCCGGAGUAUGCGAUGAGCAACCUUGCGCGAGAAAGAUUGUACCACUACUUAUUUCUACUAAUUCGGGCUAGCGGCUCCAUUUUGUAUUCUUCGACCUGAAUGUUUUUUCUCAUGUUUCUGCAACGCUUUGUCGAUUGAACACGACAUUUCAUGAAGAACUACUAUUUCCUUAAAACGAAUCUCCCGUAAUUGUUCUAGUUUUUACACAUACCUCAAGGAAGUAAGAUCAAGAAAUACGGGUAGUUCAUUAAAGAAGAUGGAGCCAAAAUUAGGCUUUUUGAUUUAGAUAGUUACUUAAUUAACAUAAUGCUAUCCUUUCGUCAGUCGCAGUUCUCUCGUACUCGUCGGCUUGCUUUCGUUUCAAUACUUUCGUAUUAAUCUAGUCGUCUUACUGAGUACUCUGAUGCUACCAUCGUAAUUUCUCACACCUAACCCACAUCUACACACACUAAACGAAGAAGGUGCAAGCGCCUGAAACGUGCUGCAGAUGCUACGGAGACUUGAUGGCAGUCCAUCUUACAAAUUUACUCCAUAGAAGUACUGACUUUGAAACGUCCUAGGUAAAUCCCAUUAGUUUGGUAUGAUCCUUUUCGCAUUUAUUUGAGGUAUGCUUCGUGUCCUGAGGAAUACUUGAAGACGCGAUACCGUUUGCCACACUGUUUGCUUGAGUUGUACCGGGAAGAUGCCGAUUGCAUUUGUCUGCAGGAGGUUUCCGAGGAGUGGUACGAAAGCGGCAUAAAGCCCUUGCUUGAGGGGAAGUACAUUUGCUUCCACAAAGCGAAGGCUGCAGUAGAAAACAGAGCGUUCUCGGUCACAGAAGGGUGUGCGGUGUUUCUGCGGCGGUCGCGGUUUCGCGUAUUGCAAGCGACGCAAAUAAGCCUUUCGCAGCGCCUGUGGAAAGACCCUGAGCUGACGGCGAAAGUCGCGGAGCUGGACAGGUUAGCGGGGAACUUGCCUGGAAUCAAAAAGGUAUCGGAUGUGUUGAAACGGGUGAACAGUGUUGCGCAAGUGAUUUUGCUCGAGGACUUCGUGGCGAAAGAGCGAGUAAUCGUAGCAAACACGCAUCUUUUUUCUCCGCCAGCCAUGAAGAACGUGCGCAUGCUACAAAUGCUCACUCUACUAAGGGAAGUAGAGGCACUGGUACGGAAAAGCACGAUAGCGGGAUCAGCGCAGGUACCAUUAGCAUGUGGUAGUCGCUCUGUAUCAGGGACCCUAGUAGAGCAAACGAAGGGGGUCCUUGUAGGCUGUCGCGGUGGGGGCCUCUCAGCACCCGCGGCGCUCGGGUCGUCAGGUGUUCUAGACGAGAGCGCGAUGAGCAGGAUCAAUGGAGCAGGAGUGGCGACAUCCGGAAGUACGAAGGGACAAUUGCCAGAUUCAGUUGCACACGACGAAAGUGUUAUGCGGACCAGUUCUUCCGGUAUGCUGCAUCACGUCGGGCUGGUCGCGCAGUCAGCAGACGGCACUCAGCAGGCCGAAGAGAUUCAUGGCGUUGCACCAGCACCAGGGGAGGGGCACCACGACGAGCAGGUGGAAGAAGCAGCAGCAAUAUCGCAGUUUGCGCACGAGCAAUUGCUCCCACCGGGAGUGAAGGAUCAUCAGAUGCUCGGAACUUGGGUUCCGCCGUCGCCGCACAGCACCAGCGCAACCACGCCAGCGAAUCUCCAAGGAGCGGAUAUGGAGCAGCAUUACCAUUUUGGUGGCCCUUCAACACAUGAGGUCGUGAACGUGACCACAAAGCUAGCUCCUGCGCUAGUGGCAACUUCCAACGCUGGAGGAGCGGCUGGAGGAGCUUCGGGGUCUUCGGGUGCCCUCACGCACUUGCCAGCACUGCCACAGCACACUGGUGCGUGCGGUGCCGCGAGUCUGACAACGCCUACGGGGUCCAGCGCGAUGCUAUUGAGCAGUCACGGCUGCUCAGCAUCGCCGCCGAUGCUCGGUAGUCCGCCGAGUCUUGCUGCACCUCCGCCACUGAGCCGUACCUCGAGCACACAAACGAGUCCGGCGCCAGCAAUUCAGCCGAAUAGCAAGCCUCCACGGUUAGUUCUGUGCGGUGAUCUCAAUGCCGAUCCCUGGAGUGGCGUUUGGGAGCUUCUAUUGAAAGGCGCGAUCCCCGCAAAUCACGCCGAUUGGUGGCCUUUUGAUCCGCCGAAGACGGAAGCUGGGUACUGAUGUUUUUCUUUUCUUUUUCUAGACAGGGAGCGACAAUGUCGAUGUCGAUUUAGCAGUAGCAUUGAUGAACUUCGUCCGUAUGUUUUUCUGUAGAAGCUUCGAUGAACGUCUAAAAAAAUUCAAAUCGCAGGUCCGCAGCUACUACUGCGCCGAGUCGUGGCGUCUUGUUGGAGCAUGGUUUGGAGUUCCAAGAUCCAUACGGGGGGUGCUACACAGGGUCUGGGGCUGAAGGAGCUGCCACGUUCGGAUGCAAUGAUCCGGGGAGCGCACGAAUUAUAGACUACGUUCUUUGCUCGCGAGACUUUAAGACGCAGCGCAUUCGAGAGACGGCUCUCAAGAUUAAGGCUACAUCAAGAUAUCCAUCUUCCCGAGCAUCUUGCUCCCGUUUGUAAUAAGGGAAAACGGGGACCAAAAUGAGCCCGAAGCUGGAUAUCUCUUAGUUCUAAAAAGAGUGAGCUAUGCGGCCCAACUGGAAGCUACCCUUCAGACCACAUCUCGAUCGCCGUGGAGCUCGGAUACAAUAACGAAGGCGAAAAGUAGUAAAGGCUGUUGGAGUUGUAUUGCAAAACUACUUCGAGAGCAGUAGCAACUGCGGGACCGUUCUUGUCUACAAUUUAUAUUGCUCUUGUUCGCAACUACACAGUGCCCGAGCAUUGGAAAAUGUGAAUGAUUCAAACAAUUUAAUCUAGUUAAUUUUUUCAGGUUCGCCGUCGUGGACCAUGUUGACCACAGUGAGUCAGGACCAACAAUUCAACCUUGAAAUGAUAAUUUUGCGAUAUUUUGACAUCGACACUGCUACCUCGUCCAAGAAAAGAUAAGUGAUUCCAUCGAUUUAUAGUUUUGUUGCGGCCAUUCAAUCCACGUUUUCAUUAGUUUAAAAGCAUCUUCAACAACUGGUGUGGGAUCAAUCUUUGUUCCUUCUUCCUUGUGUUAGUUUUCUAUUGGUCUCUCUUCAGUUACGUUUUUGACAACCAGUCUAGUAGAGAAGCACUAGACUGAAAUUACAAAAAGAGGAUGUAGAAGAAGUACCAUGAUCAUAACUUCUACAACUACGUCUUCCAAAAUAUAGAUAUUCAAGUGAUUUACGAUUACAGCGGUUCCAGAACAUCUUCAUCUUCAACAAGGCAAUGUAUUCUGACAGGGUUCAGCGGUUAUUUCAAACAGUACAACAAACCAAGUACAAAGCAUACUUACAACAUAAUUAAUCACUCACUUCUUACGUCUUGACGAUUCUGACUUGCAUGUUUCUCGAAUGGAAUUAUUUCAACAAACAAGUACAACAAUCAAAAACAAAUUCGGCAAGUACAUCAAGACAUCAAUACAGAGUUGGUCGAGGUAGGUUCUCAGCAUCGUUCUUCUUAGAGUUUUUGUUCACCUUUCGUUAAUCUUUUUUGGUGAGGCGGCAACCAGCGGCUCCCGUCGAGCUGCGCAGGCCUGUACUAGUACUACAAUUACAUACACGAUAUCACAUACGUCUUACAACGUUUUUCGAGGUGGAGGUAGCUUCGCAGUUUAAGCAAAUAGAUGGAUUUCUUCAUCAACAAGUAUUAGGAUGUUUUCUUUGGUUCCACAUAAUAGCAUCUGAUAACAGAGCACCAUGAGCAACAUUUUUAAGUAGAUCUUUGAUGCGGUGAAGCAGCUCCAGCGACAUGCGAACGGGUCGUGCGGUUUCGUGUAAGUCUACGUAAUUCGUGUCACGGAGGUGGAAGUGGUACGACAAAGACACAUGGUGGCCUCGAAAGCGACGAGAAACAAUCACCUAAGGACUUACUACAGCAUCAGCAACAAGCAGAUGAACAAGUCUAAACACCUUCCUUCAGAGGGGUCGUCUUCAGCCGCGCUCCGCUGCAGACUAGGUUGUCGAGUAGCUCUGUACUUACCUUUCGUGAGGAUGUCGCACAUAGCAUUUUAGAAUCGGCAGGUUCGUAGGCAAUUAGUGCACAGUAUUAUAAGGAGGUAACCGGACUCCACCUGCCGCCGGUUUGCGAACCGGAUAAAGCUGAGGCCGCUCCUUCAGUAGCCCCGGGAUACAAAAAAAAAAGCAGCCCAAAAAGCGAGGCUCCCUGAAGUCUAAAAUCUAAAAAAUCAUAGCAGGGCAGCUGCUCCUCAGCGCAAAACUGUUCGCGCCCUCUCUCUUCUUUCGCGCAGCACUUCUUGUAAGGAUCAUCCCCGACAAAAUAAAUUGGCACAGCAGAUUUUUACUAGAUAAUUAAUCACUUCUCUGACUGAAGCACGACGAGGGCUCUUUCUGGUAAAGAGAGUGGGUGGCCCACCGGAAGGCUAAACGGACGCCCCAGAGCUCCGAGCCUACAAGAUGCCAGCGCCCCCCUUUACUUAGUGGCGCUCUCCUCUUGUGGAACUCAUCUUGUGCCACGCACUCUGUCACGCUCCAACCCCGAGCAUACGCUCCGAAGCAGAACAAUACCGGGAAACAUGGCCAGGCUAUGCGUGACGCGCGUCACGCUCUGGCAGAACAAUACCGGAAAACACUGCCCGGCCAGGCGUGACGCGCGUCACUCUCCAAAGCAGGACAAUGCCGGGAAACAUGACUUGGCUACGCGUGACGCGCGUCACAAUUCCAAGCAGAACAAGACGGCGAGACGUGGCCCACCUGUGCGCCCGCCAAGCCAUCCGCCUGGCCCUUACUUGGAUGAUUUUGCCUUGAUAUGGAUGUUCUUGUCUGGGUGUUCUUGCCUGGGUGUUCUUGUCUGGGCGUUCUUGUUGCGGUGUCCUUGUCUGGGUGUUCUUGUCUGUAUGUUCUUGCCUCGAUGCUCUUGCCUGGAUAUUCUUGCCUGGGUGUUCUUGGCUGGAUGUUCUUGCCCCGAUGUUCUUGUCUGGAUGUUCUUGCCUGCGUCGCUGCCGUCUCUCUAGCACUGGGAGGCGCCCGCUCUUUCUGCGUCGUUCUUGUGUGUGUCUCUCUCUCUUGGUCUUUCCUUUGUGUCGCUACUGAGUCCGCGCAAGACAAGUUUGAGCGCAGAAUUAUGAGGCUGCGGUGCUCUCGUAGUCAUCAGCUUCCAGCCUCACUACCCUAGCCAAGACCCUCAGAAGCUUCUCGCUCCACAUAGAGGGACACCGCUGGAGGCCAUUGGCUCACAAGUCACCCGAGGCUCUUGCUGCGUCAGUCUCACGCGCACACAGACCGCCCUAAUGCUCUCGCUGCGUCACGCUCCUCCAGACGUAGAUCCCCGCGCAAAGUUCUAGUCGCGUCAUGCUCUUCCGCGCGCUUCUGUUGACCCUUCGCGCACCGAGGUUCUGAUCAUCACUUGAGGCGUCACGCGUCGCGCGGGGGCCCUGGGGCGUUCGUUUUGUCUUACGGUGGCCCACCUCUAAGAUGCGGGUCCUGUUAAUAGAUUUAAUGUGUUUUGUUUAUAGAUGAUGGGUUGCAAUGAUAGAUUUUGUAAUGCUUCUAUUUGUGUAAUCGAGGGGGAUCGUAGUAAAGAUGGAAAAUAAUCUCCAUCGUCCCUGGAAGAAGAGGCAUGAUGAUGGAUUUGAUAUGCUAAAAGUCGGCCCGAAAGCACUGGGCAGGUAGACACGCAGUAUCUCUUCUGAAGGUUGAUCACCACCAGAACACCACUAGUAGCUAAAUCAAGUCGCACAUAUUCAAUUGUAUCAAGCCGAAUUUUUUUCCUAGUUCGUUAGCGAUAUGAGAAACUAACAGGUGAUCCACAAAAAAGAAGAAGAUUUGAAAAACAAAUUUGAACCAGGAGAUGAAGAGAGGUGUUGAACGAGUUCUGCCUCAGAUUUCGAAUUUAAUGUAUCCACCAAGACGACGACCUGAAGCUGUUGUAAAUGACAAUGGUAGAGCCAACUUUUCACCGACAUGAUGACGAUAUCCGGAAGAAAGCAUUCCCAUGAUGAAUGAGAAAUUUCAACAUGACGAUGAUGACGACUUGCUCGGCACAUUCAUUUCUUUCUCUCGAUAUUCUUUUAUGAGUGACAUCGACCGUGGAGGAAACGAUGUCCGCAGAGCAUCUUGGCGAAAU